CUACCAUCGUCCAGCAUCAUCUCCCAUUGCUUCUUCCAUUGGAGUGUAUCUCCAUUCUAAAAGAAACUGAAAUGAUGGAACUCAAGAAAAUCCAAAUCCGUUGAAGCUACAAAGAAUCGAUUCUCCUUCAACUGGCGGCUGGCCGGCUGGGGAACGAGAUGGCACAGAUGCCGCUGCGUCGGUGGUUGUCGCCGGCAGAACAAGACACUCCUUCCAUGGACGACGGUGGUUGUCGCCGGCGGAACAUCGUCGCUCAGGUAGAUUCACGGCGAACAGCAGCUUUCCUUCCACGGACAGUUGGGGAUUGGGAUGGGAAGACUCUCCUUCCCCGACCCCUUUCUUUCUUCAAUUCUGUCUGCAUUUUUUCUCCUACAUUUCUUCUUUAGGCCUUUCAUCUUGAGGGUAAUUACUCCAGGGGCAAUAUUGUACUUGUACACUCUACUCCUUAAAAAAAGGAAAAAUAGAAACAAAUAGUCCCACCUUUACCCGAUCUGCUUUAAACGGUCCCUCCUUUUGAUAUUCCAUAAAAAACCCAACCUUUUUAUAAAAUCUUCCUUCUUCGGUCCUGGGUCGUAUUUACCGGUUGUUUUAAGUUUUUAAAUGUACAGUCACCGGUUAUCAAACUUAUUAUACAGUAAACAAUUACGUAGUAUUUUAUAUCCGCACAUCCCAUAUUUCUUCGUCGUCUUUCUUUUCUGUCUCAGCCUGUUCCUUCGUUCGCAGCAGUGUUCUUCUCUUCUUUCUUCGUUUGCACCAGUUUGCACCAGCUCCUAACGUCUUCCUUCUUCCUGAGUUCGUUUGUGUAGCCCUAUUCUGUGUUGGCAUCAAUGAGUCGUGUACCAAAAAUAAAUUCAGAAGCUUAUGGGUCCUCUUCGACUCAAUCAAGCGCAGGGACAAAUUUAAGCAUGAAUUGCCAUCACAACAUCAAUUCGGUUUUGAGAGUGGUUAAGAAUGAGAAAAAUGUCGGAAGAAAAUUUCGUGGUUGCUCUUUGUGGCCUGAAGAAAAUUGUGGUUUCUUCAGGUGGGACGAAGGUGUUAACACACAUUCAUCACCUCAAAUUGAAGAUGUCAACGUCUUGAACACACAACCAAUCACAUUUGACAUACAACUUGAAAAGAGGAUGAUGGAAGAAAAGAUCAAGAAGCUGCGUUUCAAAAAUCAAAGGCUGAAAGCUGAAGUGCAUCAACUGAAAAAUGAAGUCUUUGAACUUCGUAGUGAAAAAUUUAAGUAUUCAAGGAUUUGGAAGAAGUAUUUUCUUUGUCUAACAAUUUCAUUCUUCAUGUUUUCCAUUGUAUUCUUGUUCUUGAAAUAAAUAAGAUUUCAAUAGUUCAAGGAUUUCUACCAUUGCUUAUCCAGGAUUUGAUUAUGUAAUUCCAGAAUUUGUAUCAUUUUGUCUCUUAAGUCUGACAAUGUAAUUCCAGAUUAUGUACUAUUGUUUAAUCCAUCCUCUUUUAGUUUAG